AUGUGGGCCCGCUGCGCUCCGUCGUCACCCAUUGCCGCCUCUAAUAGUAAUACUAAUAUCGCAAAACCCACCACCACGGGCCCUGGAGGCAAGCCCCUGCCCGCGACCGAUCCCACACGCAACUUCGUCAAGAAGACGGUGCACGACGAUGUCACCCACACGCAGAAACGCUUGUUCGAAUGGGUCUCGCUGGCCACUGCCCUCACCUUUGUCGGCAACUCGGUCGUAGCUAUCACACACGCCCUCGUCGACAAAAAGGACCACUACUGGGCAGGCAAGGCCGUUGUGAUCUACCUCGUAGGCGGAUUCUUCGUCUACUGCCUCUUCCUCAUCUCCCUCAUCGACUCGAAACCAUCGCCUACCGUGGCCCACCUGACGACAUGGAGCUUGGCUGUGGUACUAGAGAUAGUUCUCGUAGCUUGCUCCCUCGCCAUCUACACACAUGCCCAUAAAGCACCCUCGACCGGCCAUCCCAAUCCGCGCAUGCACUUUCGCAUGACCGACUGGGAAGCCGCUGAAGUGGCCAUGGACCUGCUCCGCAUCCUGCUGCUGCUAGCCAUGAUUGGCUUCUACCUCGUCUUUGUCGUCAUGCCACAGCACAAAGCUUCCCAAGAGACGGCCAGUCCCGGCGAAGGCACCUCCCUGUUGGCGGCCGUGGAGGGAAAUGGUCACGCAGAAAACGGGCAUACGAACGGCUCGUACGGAGCAAUGCACCCUGUGGGUGGCAAACAUCAGCACACCCAAGGCGCACCGCCCGCCUGGAGCAGGCCCACGGGAGCCCCAGCACGCAGUUGGUGGGAAUAUAUCAAAGGCUACCACGUCUUCUUCCCCUACCUCUGGCCCUCCAAGGACCGCAAACUGCAGUUUAUUGUCAUCCUGUGCUUUUUGCUGGUCCUCGCCCAGCGUGUCGUCAACCUGCUCGUGCCCGACCAGCUGGGUAAUAUUGUGAACCGGUUGGGAGACAGGAGCAAGGGAAACCCGUGGACCGCCAUCAUCAUCUUCAUCUCCUUUCGCUUUCUCCAAGGCAGUAAUGGUCUGCUUGGCGCUGCGCGGUCAGCGCUCUGGAUCCCCGUCUCCCAAUACUCUUAUCGCGAACUAUCAGUCGCCGCGUUCGAGCACGUGCACAGCCUCAGCCUCGACUUUCACCUCGGCAAGAAGACGGGCGAGGUGCUCUCUGCGCUUGGAAAAGGAAGCUCCAUCAACACCUUUCUCGAGCAGGUGACCUUUUCGGUGGUGCCCAUGCUGAUCGAUUUGGCGGUUGCCAUUGGCUACUUCCUCAUCAGGUUCGACGUCUACUAUGCGCUUGUCAUUGCCAUUGUGACCUUUUGGUACAUUUAUCUGACGAUCCGCAUGGCCCAGUGGCGCGCUGAGAUACGCCGUGAAAUGGUCAAUGCGGAUCGUGAAGAAGAUGCUGUCAAAAACGAUUCCAUGGUUUCGUACGAGACGGUCAAGUACUUCAACGCGGAAGCGUACGAGUUCAAUCGCUACCGUGAAGCAGUCAAGAAGUACCAAAACGCAGAGUACAAGGUCUUGUUCUCAUUGAACGUGAUGAACAUUACGCAAAACAUGGUCUUCAUGCUUGGCUUGCUGGUCACCUGCUUCAUCGCGGCGUAUCAAGUAGCGGCUGGAGAGCAGGAAGUGGGCAAGUUUGUCACGCUGAUUACGUACAUGGGCCAACUUCAAAGCCCGCUCAACUUUUUCGGCACAUUUUACCGGAUGAUCCAGUCUGCCAUGAUCAACUCGGAGCGCAUGCUGGAAUUGUUCAAGGAGCAGCCGACCGUGGUGGACAAGGAAGACGCAAUCCCGCUGCCGUCAUGUGAGGGUAAUCUUCGCUUCCAAGACGUUCACUUUGCCUACGACCAACGUAAACCUGCGUUGGCCGGACUGGACUUUCACUGCGAGCCCGGCACAACCACUGCAUUUGUGGGUGAGUCGGGAGGUGGCAAGUCGACCGUCUUCCGCCUUCUCUACCGGUUCUACAACACCACCUCGGGAAGCAUUCAAGUCGACGGGCACGACGUGGAGGAUCUCACCAUCGAUUCGGUGCGCAGGCACAUUGGUGUCGUACCGCAGGAUACUGUGCUGUUCAACGAGACCCUCAUGUACAACCUCAAGUACGCCAAUCCGGCGGCCACGGACGAGCAGGUCUAUGAUGCGUGUAGAGCGGCUAGUAUUCAUGACAAGAUUAUGACUUUCCCGGACAAGUACGAAACCAAGGUUGGCGAGCGGGGCCUGCGACUGUCAGGAGGUGAGAAACAGCGGGUUGCUAUUGCGCGCACCAUCCUGAAGAACCCUCGUAUCAUUAUGCUUGAUGAAGCAACCGCCGCUCUGGACACAGAGACGGAGCAACACAUCCAGGAGGCCUUUACGACCUUGGCCAAAGGACGCACGAUGCUGAUCAUCGCCCAUCGAUUGAGCACCAUUACCCACGCUGACCAGAUUCUGGUGCUGCACAAGGGCAAGGUGCAGGAACGUGGAACCCACGAGGAGCUUCUCGACCGAAAUGGUCACUAUGCUGCCAUGUGGAAGAAGCAGAUUCGUGCACAGAGGGCGGCUGAACAAGCCAAGUUCCUCAAAGACAAGGCUGACCGUCUCCGCCGGGAGUCCAAGGAUGGCACCAUUGGGCUCACUGACGGCAGCAGCAGUCACUCGAGCUCAUCGUCUGACGAUGAGCAGACGAAGAAGAACAAGUCGUCUGGAACCUUGGUAGGCUCCUAUCGCGAAGAGACAUUGGCAAAACCACAUGGACACCCUUAA